GAGCAGGCGGCAGCGCCGGGAGCUCUUCCCCAUCCCUCGCUCUCUCGCUCGCUCGCGCCUCGCUCUCAGAAGCUCCCGGUCCAGACUCACGCCGGGCGCUGUCCUUUCAGCACCACGAGCUCAGCUGCGGAGGGCAGACUCCUGGCUGGCCGCCUCCUGUAGGGAAUCGCCUUGGAUCUGCUCUGACCCCCCAGAGUGCGACGCAGUCCGGGAAGAAAGGUGGAAGGAUGGUGAAGCUCAACGGUACCCCCAGUGAGAAGGGAGCCAAGCCACCUUCGGUCGAGGAUGGUUUCCAGACUGUUCCUCUCAUCACCCCUUUGGAGGUGAAUCACUUACAGCUGCCUGCUCCGGAAAAGGUGAUUGUGAAGACAAGGACGGAAUAUCAACCUGAGCAGAAGAACAAAGGGAGGUUCCGGGUGCCGAAAAUCGCCGAAUUUACGGUCACCAUCCUCGUCAGCCUGGCGCUGGCCUUCCUUGCCUGCAUCGUGUUCUUGGUGGUUUAUAAAGCCUUCACCUACGACCACAGCUGCCCAGAGGGCUUUGUCUACAAGCACAAGCGCUGCAUCCCGGCCUCCCUGGACGCCUACUACUCGGCGCAGGACCCCAGCUCCCGGAGCCGCUUCUACACGGUCAUCAGCCACUACAGCGUGGCCAAGCAGAGCACCGCGCGGGCCAUCGGGCCCUGGCUCUCGGCCGCCGCCGUCAUCCACGAGCCCAAGCCGCCCAAGACCCAGGGCCACUAGAGGCCAUCCUGGUAGUGGGGGGCGGGGGAGGCGGCGG